AUGUCGAAACAAAUGGGAAUACGUUUUCAUCCCACUGAUACGGAGCUAAUCAACUAUCUUAAGAGGUUUUUCAAAGGCGAAUUAUGUUUGAAUCAACAAUGUCCUAUCCAGUUUGCGGAUAUAUAUGGAGAUCAACCACCAUGGGAGAUAUUCGGAGCUAAUUUUGAAGAGAAGUUUCGUUACUUUAUUACUCCUUUGAAGAAGCGGAGGAUUAAAGAUACAAGGUUUUCUCGAACUUGUGCUAAAGGGACGUGGAAAGGGCAAACCGGAGAAGAACUUAUAAGGAGGAAUAGUUUGGGGCCUGUGGUAGGGUUUAAGAGAAAGUUCAGGUUUGAAACAAGUGAUCAAUGUGGCCAAAAUAAAACUUGGUUGAUGAUAGAAUAUCAAGUUGCGGAUAGUUUCUUUAAGGAAAAUAAACAUAUUCUUAAAGAAGAUUUUGUAGUGUGUCAAAUCAAGAAGAAGAAGAUCAUGGAUAAAGAGAAGAAUGCGGAUCAUGUUAUAGAGGCACAAGCUGGAGAUGUCGCGGGAAGUAUCGAUCCUAUGUUACUUGAGCCUAAUCAUAAUAAUGUCUACUCCACAAGGGAAGAUCAAGUUAGGGUUUGUGAUGAAGUUGAGGCUACAACUACCGAAUUUGACGUUCGAAAUACAAUGGAGAAGAGAGAGACAGCGUUGGAAGUACAACAAGGCAACGGAGUUGACGAUAUUAGAAGCAAUGAAUUUCAAGAGAUGUAUAAAGUACUUGAGGAUUUUUCUUUUGAUAUUCCUGACGAGUGGUUGCAGAAUUCACACAUUCUACAAGAUAUAUAA